AUGCGCAGUCUACUCGUACUCCCCAUGCUGGUGGCCCUUGUGGCUGGAGCAACCCUUGACUUCGACCACUACUGGACCGCUCAGGAGAUCAACGCCUACCUGGACGAACUGGUGGCGGAUUUCCCAACGUUGGCAAGUGUGGUGAAUGUUGGAACCAGUACCGAGGGUCGUCCCAUCCGGGCGCUGCGUGUCAGCAAGGAUAACGUUGCCACCCGGCCUCUGGUUAUCGUAGAGGGUGGCCUUCGUGCCCGCGAAUGGAUUUCGCCGAUGUCUGCUAGCUACAUUCUGCACGAGAUCGUUGAGCACUACUACGAAUUCGAGCACAUCCUGGACAACGUGAACUUCUUGGUCGUACCGCUGGCUAACCCUGAUGGGUAUGAGUUCUCGCGCACCCCAAACAACCGAAUGUGGGUCAAGUCGCGUAGCGUUAAUGGAAACGGUUGCUUCGGAACCGAUCUUGCACGUAACUUUGGCUACCUGUGGAAUACCGUCGGUGGAAGCUCGAAUCCUUGCUCGGAUAGCUUCGUCGGAACGGCUGCCUUCUCUGCCCCUGAGACGGCCGCCCUGCGGGAUUUCAUCCAGGCCAACAGUGCCAACCUGGUGCUUUACCUAAGCAUUCAGUCGGCCGACCAGAUGGUGCUCUAUCCGUUCUCGCACAGUGCCAUGACGAACCCGAGCAACGUGGCCGAGCUGCGCUCGCUGGCCAACAGUGUUGCGCUGACACUGAUGAACCAGAAUGGACGCAUCUUUACCGUCGGUGGUGCUGGAUUGUUGCAGCCGGCCGCGUCGGGUAGCAGCAUCGACUAUGUGGCCGGAACCUUCCAGCCGAACCUGGUGUACACGCUCGAGACCGGUGCUGGCGGCACCACCGGCUACGAUGUUCCCGAAGCUCAGAUGGCCGAAUACCUGAGCGAGACGACGUACGGUUUCCUGACGAUGGCGACGUACGUUGCCGACAACAAGUGA